GCCGCGCGCGCGGGGCGGGGGGGGGCGGCGGGAGCCCCAGCGCGAGCGGCGCCAGCGCGAGGCCCCGGCCCGGCUCCCUCAGGCUGCUGCAGGAUGGGUGACGACCGGCCCUUCGUGUGCGGCGCCCCGGGCUGCGGACAGAGGUUCACAAACGAGGACCACCUGGCGGUCCAUAAACACAAGCACGAGAUGACAUUGAAAUUCGGCCCCGCUCGCACCGACUCCGUCAUCAUCGCAGAUCAGACCCCGACCCCGACGCGGUUCCUGAAGAACUGUGAGGAGGUGGGACUCUUCAACGAGCUGGCCAGCUCCUUCGAGCACGAGUUCAAGAAAGCGGCUGAGGAUGAUGAGAAAAAGAGCUCGGGGGCCCUGGACAUGUCCCUGCCCUCCACGCCGGACGUCAAGAUCAAGGAGGAGGAGCCGGUGGAGGUGGACUCGUCGCCGCCGGACAGCCCCGCGUCCCGGCCACGCUCGCCCCAGCACAAGGACAAGGAGGGCCCCUCCAAGCCCGUGAUCCUCUCCACGCCCACGCCCACCAUCGUGCGGCCGGGCUCGCUGCCGCUGCACCUGGGCUACGAGCCCCUGCACCCCACGCUGACGUCCCCCACCUCUGUCAUCACCCAGGCCCCCCCCUCCAACAGACAGCUGGGGUCUCCUGGCAGCUCCCUCCCGCUCGUCGUGCAGCUCGCCAACGGCCAGACCAUGCCCGUGCUGCCCGGCCCCCCCGUGCAGAUGCCUUCUGUCAUCUCGCUGGCCCGGCCCAUGGCCAUGGUGCCCAACAUCCCCGGCAUUCCCGGGCCCCCCAUCAACAGCAGCGGGUCCCUGUCGCCCUCAGGACUCCCGGUGCACUCCGAAGCCAAAAUGAGGCUGAAGGCCAGCCUGGCAGCGUCAUCCUCGCUGAACGGCAGCAGCCUGGUGGUGGGCUCGGCCAGCAGCAUGGUGACCGCGCGGCCGGAGCAGAGCCAGGUCCUCGGCCAGCACCCCGACGCCCCCUCCCCGGCCCAGCCACAGGUGUCCCCUGCCCAGCCCACGCCCAGCACGGGCGGGCGGCGGCGGCGGGCGGCGGACGAGGACCCGGACGAGCGGCGGCAGCGCUUCCUGGAGCGGAACCGCGCGGCCGCCUCGCGCUGCCGCCAGAAGCGCAAGCUCUGGGUGUCCUCCCUGGAGAAGAAAGCCGAGGAGCUGACGAGCCAGAACAUCCAGCUGAGCGUGAAACGAGGUGACGCUGCUCAGGAACGAGGUGGCUCAGCUGAAGCAGCUGCUGCUGGCCCACAAGGACUGUCCCGUCACGGCCCUGCAGAAGAAGACCCAGGGCUACCUGGAGAGCCCGAAGGAGAGCUCGGAGCCCACGGGCUCGCCCGCGCCCGUCAUCCAGCACAGCUCGGCCUCGGCCGCGCCCAACGGGCUCAGCGCCGCGCGCUCGGCCGCCGAGGCCGUGGCCACCUCGGUGCUGGCCCAGAUGGCCGGGCAAAGGACAGAGCUGGCCGUGCCCGUGGCCUCGCACGUCAUCAUGGCCCCACAGUCGCAGUCUGCCGGCAGAUGAUGGCCCCGGGCCCAGGAGCGCCCGCACGGACUGACCGCAGCCCCGCACUGACCGCCGGGGGCCGCCGGGACCUUUCCUUUCCUUUCUGGGGUUUUAUUCUUUUUGUUUUGUUUUGUUUUGAGUUAAGGGCAGCUCUGGCGCUUUCCCACUGCCCGUGGAGCUCUGGGGCCCCCGGCAGAGCCCCCGGGAAGGGCGGAUUCCAGGGAUCCGUGUGGCUAACACUAAACUGCGGGCGAGCCCCGGGCGCUGGCCCUGUCCCCUGGGCAGGAGGCUGUGACACUCCGUGCUGUCCCCCGGGCAGGAGGCUGUGACACUCCGUGCUGUCCCCCGGGCAGGAGGCUGUGACACUCCGUGCUGUCCCCCGGGCAGGAGGCUGUGACACUCCGUGCUGUCCCCCGGGCAGGAGGCUGUGACACUCCGUGCUGUCCCCCGGGCAGGAGGCUGUGACACUCCGUGCUGUCCCCGUGCUGCUCCCAGGCUCGUCCCCGCUCCCCAAAUCGUUGCACCUUCACCAGGAGCCUCCCGGAGCUCUGAGCUGACCGAGGGCUCCUCCCUGCCCCAGCCCCAGCCCCAGCCAUGGGUUUUGGGAAGCAGGACUGCUCUGGGUUUGUGCCCCAGCGGCUGGGACGAGGGGACAGCGUAGGGCUGGGGACAGACGGGUCCCCGGGCGCUCAGGGGUCCCUGGCCAAGGCUGCUCCCGCAUUCCCAGGAAUUGGGGCUCCGCUGUGGGACGCAGGGAGGGCCCAGCUGGCACUGACCACAACGGGAGUCCCCAGAGCAGCCCCAGCCCCAGCUCCCCCGGGCAAACCCAUCCCACACUCCGGGACCAGCUCCCGCUCACGGACCUCGAUGACCUCAGUAAUGGUGGCCUUAAAUCAUGGGAUUGUUGCCUGUUCCGAGGGGAGGGAGCCGGGAGCGGGGUCGGGGUUUGGUGACGGAGCCUCCGUCGGAGCAGACAAAGGAUUCGCUCCCUGGGCAGGGUCAGAUCCCACCCUCCACGGUGAGGAACUGGGAUCGGGUCCCUUGUCCUGCCAGGUGGGCACUGGGCUCUGUGUCCCUGUGGGGAAUGGGGAAUGGGGAAUGGGAAGGGCUGCUGCGUGGUUUUGGGAUGUGGAAGGAAUCUUGUACCGAUCCGUGGAACUGCUCCAGCCCUUGGAAUUCCGGCCCCUCCCAGGUCCCUCCUCAGCCAAGCCCCCCCUCAGGUCGCACUCGCCACUUUGGAGCCAGGUUGGUUUGUCCAGGUGAUUCUGGUUGGUUUCUCCACACCUGGAAGGUUCCCAGGGACAGCAAAGCCCAAAGCCAAGGCUGAGCGGGAGAUUGGGAUCUCAGCACUGAUGGGAGAGUCCUGAGGUUUGGGUUUUCCCAGCGAUGGAAUCCAGCUUCUCCCCCUCCCUCUUGUGCAGCUCUUCCUCAGCUGGGAUCGGGAUUGGGAUUGGGAUUGGGGUGGGUUUUUGUGGCUGCUCCCGCACUCCCCUUUUUCCUCUUGCCCAUCCCAGCUCCUCCCCGUGCUCGGGGUCACAUCCAGCCUCGGGAAUCUCUUGUCGGGGUCCCACACAUCCCCCAGACGCCCUUUUCCCCCCUUAAAGCUGUUCCUAAAGCCCAGCCUGGGGCUCCCAGCCUUCCCUGUCCCGAGCAGGAUGUUUCUGCUGCAGGGCGUGGCCAGGAGGGUCCAGGUGAGGAGCAGGGAGGGGUCAGAGCCGUUUUGGGGGAUCCUCGGAGGCUUUGCAGGAGCUGCAGGAUGCAGCAGCUCGUCCCGUGCCCUGGUGGGAGCCGAGGUGUCCAUCCGGGGAAGGAGGAAUUGAGCUCUGGGCUGGUCCCACCGCUGGUUCCCCGUUUGCUCUGGGGGCCUGGCUGGCAGAACCAGGAAUGGGCAAAGGCUGGAAAAUCCAGGACAGUGUUUGGGUCGAAGGCAGCAGCUUCCCCAGCCCCUCACUUUACCCUCGGGCCACUGAGAGUGGCUGGGUUUUGUCGGAUGGGCUUUUCCUGCCUCGCUGCUCUUCCCGGCAAUCCUCGUGGCCUCCUCGGGAUGGGGGUGCAGGAGCAGCUUUCUCCCCGUCCCUCCAUGGCCUGAAGCUCCCCAUUCCCACAUCCCCCAUCGCCAGUGCCUUGAAAAUUCUGCAAAUCCCGAAAAAGCCCGUGGGAAAGCUCCAAACGUGGUCAGGGACAAGCGGGAGCGAGCUGAAUCCGGGUUCGGCUGUACCUGGUUCUGCUGUGGCUUCACUCACAGGGCCGGAGCUUCUCGUGCCCCUUCCACGCGUGUUUUACCCCAAAAGCAGCCACUCCUCACUUUGUGACCGGUUUUGGGGCAAAACCCCCCUGAUUCUGCCCCGUGGUGAUUCCUCCCGCUUUUCCGGGGGUGGCAGCCCCUGGCCCCGCUCGGCAGCGCCGGGCACCUGCACUUUGCUCUGCCAGCCCCGGGUUCCGGGAAUCCCGGGGGGCCGAGCCCUCCUCCUGUCCCCUCCUGUCCCUCCUCCUGUCCCCUCUCCUGUCCCCUCCUGUCCCCUCUCCUGUCCCCUCUCCUGUCCCCUCCUCCUGUCCCCUCCUGUCCCUCCUCCUGUCCCCUCUCCUGUCCCCUCCUGU